UUUCAGCCUAGUUAAUUAGCAUAGUUUUGUACAAAUCUUAUCCUGAAAAAUGAAUCCUGAUUUCAACGAACAAGUUUCACCCAAAACAUUGGAGCAUAAUGGUAUAUUCUCAGAGCUUGUUUCCUCAAUGGUUGAUGAACUAGCAAAUAAAAGAUCAAUGAAAGAGUCGGACAAAGCCAUCGAGUCACAAAUAUUCAAGCCAAGCCACUCAUUAAAAGAAAACGCUUUGCGACAAAGUGAAAAUUAUCUCAAAACAAUUUCACUGUUCACCUCUUUUGGAUGGUUGAGAUUGUCACAGCACAUUCCCAGUGAUGGCAGACCAGCGCAAAUGGAAAAAAUUUUGUUUCGCUCCCUACAUCAAACUAAAAAACUCAUUAAAAGUUUUUCUCUAAAAGAAAAAAACUGUCUUGCAGAGGAAGUCUUACUUCCUCUUGUAAAUACAUUUACCACAACAGUUUGGGAACAGUUAUCCGACAACAACGAAUUAUCGAGUAAAAAUCAAGCGAAACUCCUUUUCGAAUUGGCAAAAUGCUACGAAGAAUUGGAAGCCUAUCACGAAUUUAAAGAAAUAAAUGGAGAAGGCAUCAGAAUUAUGGAGGACAGAUAUGGCGAAAAAUCUGUACAAUAUAAAUUGUAUGGUAAAAUUUUAAACAACCAAUCAAUUGCUCUGAUUAACCUUGGUCAAAAACAGGAAGCAGAAGACAUGUUUGCCAAAACUAUUGAGGUAAAGAAACAGGCGACUGAUUACACUAAUGAUGCUGAAAGAAAGAAAUGCAUCGGAAAUUCUGUGGAAGCCUUGGAAGCUUGCAAAAACCAGAUAAAAGUCUAUUCUGAAAGGGCUGACUUACAUAUGUCAAAGUAUGCAAAGUUGUCAAGAUUAGAAGUGACUUCAGAGGCAUCAAAUUCAUUUCGGGCCAAAGCAAUUAGUUCUGGUUCCAUUGGUUUCGAUAGAUGUUCUCUGACGUUUACUAAAGGAGCUCUUCUACCAUUCACUGAAAUAAACGCCCAGUUGGACUUUGACUAUAAAAAUAUUCCUGAAGGGUUUAUAGCAAUAUCACCGAUAUUGAGUAUCAAGCCCGGGACUACCGAUCUUCAGAAAUAUAUCGGCGUGGAACUCCCUACGUGGUGCACGACAACAUGUGAAGGCAUAAAAAUUUCAGUUAUGUGCAAGAAGUGGGAUGACAAUGAUGAAUGGAAAGAAAUUGGUCAAGUGGACUUGGACAAUUCCGAAACUGUAACUUUUAAAAUUAAUCACUUUUCCUGGUAUGCCAUUUUCCUGAAUGUGUCAUCCAUAAUGAAGCGGUUUUCUUCCUUUUUGUCAUGGGCUGUUGGCUCCUUGAUAUACUAUAAAAUCCGUGCCCUUGUAUACUACACAAAAAACUUCAGACAACUCGCCAUACUACUCUGUGGCGACCAUGAUGCAACGGAAGAACGCUGUCAUGAACUCUUAGAAAAAAAUGGCUACUCCAGGGCCCUUCCUUUGGCAGACCAAAUUGCAAUUCAACUGGGAUCUAGCGUGGAGGUAAAACUAAAAAGCACCAAACCAGUCAAUAAUAUCGAAUUUAUAUUGGAUUUACGUGUAGAGGAACAGAUGCCGAGAGGCCACUGUCAACGGUAUUUCAACCUAUCAGAGGAGCUAAGCAGUGAACGAGAGUUGGAAUUUGAAUAUACGAUUUCGUCAGAAGGGCAUGUCAGAAUCUCACAUACUAUUCUUCUUAUGAAAGGAGGAAAUCAAUCUGCGUCUUCGAACGCUAUGGCAAGAGUACGACAACCACCAAACGUUUCCUACCAUAUCGCAAAAGUAGAUAGUGCAUCAUUUCACGGUAGCAACGCGGGGACGUCUCAGAACAAGAAAACUGAAUGAACACUGCAGACAAUUUAUAUAUCUACUAAAACUAACUUUUUCGCCAUCUUCUCAUUAUUAAAAUAUAGAUAUGGAUACUAAUCAAAACUGAAGAAGAAUGUAGUUACCAAAGUUUUGAAUUACAUUAGGAUUGAACAUUUCUUUUACUCUCUAGUUUAUCUUGCACAUAAUUAACACCUGACACGCGAUUGCCCAGCUGAGAGCAUAUUUUAGUAUUUGUAUAUACCGUAUUUCCGUAUAAGUUUUUUUUUCAAAUCAGUUUCAAAUGGAAUGCUGUGUUAUGUGUUAGUGCUCUAAUUUUUAUUUGAUUGAAUACUUUAUUUGAUUAUACAACAUACUUCACAAUGUAAUAAAGACAAAUGUUUUAAAAGGGAAAUAAA